CUACUCGCUUACUUUCACUUUCACUGGGCAAAGCGCUGAGAGUGGGAGAAAUAGACUGAACAGUGACAGGGGAAUGAGGGGAUAAAGAAGACCCACAAAAGCCAUAGGAAAAGCUCAGCCAGAAGGUGACAAUGCCACAGGGCAAACAGACCGUAGUCGGGAUUUUCUCCAGAAGUGGGAAAGAAGAAUACCCAUGGCUUGUCAAUGUUCUGAGGAAAGAUGCCAACAUCUGCCCCCGGCCCUUCGUCAUUACCAACUCCAAUGCCUCUGCUUUUAGGGAGGCCGUCGGUGAUUGCGACUUUGCCAUUUUGUAUCACUCCAUGAACAGGGGGCGGCUCAAUAUCGCCGACGUGACCGAUUCUCUGUACGAUGAGGAGCUGGGAUUUCUGUCCAACACUCUUGGGAAUGACAAAGUGUUGGUGAUUGCCGAUGACCUAGAGGACAGCAGUGAUGAUGCAAAGAACAGAAUUCUUAACAGUCAACCAACCAUCAGGCGUGCAGCCCGGGGUAUAUUCCUGUUUAGCAGGGCAGACAAGAGGGAUAACAACACGAUAAGGAUCAAAAUGGCGCCCAUAAUAGUGAUUAUUACUGCAGUUAUCCACAAAUGGACAAGCAAGGGGGAUGAGGAGGAAGUCUUGUCUGAUGACGAGAAGACCUUGAAACCCAAAAAGAACUAUGUCUCGCUCCUAACUCAUAUAACUGCAAUAGCGUGUGUGGCAAAUGCAGUGCGGAGGCCGAGCCCAAGGAAUUGGGCUUUCGCCUUUUCCUGGGUCGCAGCUUCCCUUACAUAUUUGACAGAUCCGCCCCUUAUAGACAGACUGGGACUGAGCGAAUCCUGUAUCCCGCCGGCUGCGCUUGUGACAGCAAUUGCUAUAUCCCGGCCUCAUUGGCCUCGCAUGUCAUUAUGACUCUACAUGCGAUGUUGCAGAAGCAAAAAAGGGAGAGAAACCAAGUAAAAGGACACCAUUCUGGACUUUUAAAAUAAAGAUAAUGAUCCCAUUAGAAGGUUUCCAUUUAUGGCAAUAACAUAAUAAAAGAAAUAUAUAUAGUAACUUUCA